UUAGAAUUCUGUUUCGUUGUCGUAUUGACUCGUUCGGGAGUCCUUACACUGCUUUUUUCAGUCUUGGGUUUCGACGAAGCUUAAUUUGCCCGAGUGGGGAGGUGCACCAGAAAUAAAUAUUGGAAUACAAUGCUGUUUGCAAACUUGGAUUUGUGAAAUUUGAAAUAUUUGCUGACGAGUGACGAAGAAUCAGAAGGCGGAUUUCUUAGAUGGGGGCAGAUGUUUUCAGCACUACGCGAACAUCAAACUCCCUCAAAAAAUUCAUCUCUGGAGGAAUUCUCAAAUUUGGUCAUUCAGUGGAAAGUUUGAUGAUCAAACAGUUCGUGGGUGUAACAGGAACUUGUCUGUCUAUACGCAGUUUGUACUCUCUGUGGAAAGGGACUGGGGUUGAUUAGUGGCGCCGUUUUCACACACGCACAAAAGAUAUUUGAAGAGAGGCGAUUCGGUGCACAUAAAUUGUGCAGUAUUCAUCUUCUGUAACAAUCCAGAAGUUUGCAUUGAACCAACGGUGGGAAAUAAUCACCUGUUACUCUGGAUACUGGUGACCGUCCCUCGGUAGAACUACAUAGGUCAUUUGCCUUCGAGUGACUACAGAAGACAAGAAAUAUUUUAGUGAAUAUUUCACAACCCUCAGAAAAAAAGUGUCACUGGCCGCUGCAGUUGAUAUGAGAAAAUGGUGGCAUUCCCGACCGUUAACUUUCAGAAACAUUAGAUAAUUCCUCAGAAAUUGCUUGACUUACGAGAUAACCCUAAACUUUGAAUUGUGAUAGCUCGAUUGGCGAAGAUAAUUCGUGGCAUGUUCAGCCAAGUACUAAAACACCCUUCCCCGAAGUCCGAAAGUGUCCAACACGAAAAGACGAGGUUAUAUGUGCCUCCGUGGCAGCUUGUAGCUGUCGUAGGAGACGUGACAACGCAACACUAAGUUAUUCCAUCAUGUGUUUCUUCGAUCAUCGUAUAACCAGAUUAUCAGUACUGCUUUCACAUCAAACGGAAGGACAUGGGAAAAACUAGUCAGUGCUCACGUGCUAGAAAAUAAUGCGAUCACGUUGAAAGAGAUUGGCGUCAUUGCACUCAACAAACUUCACGCGCACAUUGAUGUUCCUCUGGGGAAAGCACACCAGCAGCAGGUCCAACGUGUCAGCACGCAGACACCCAAAGUUUCACCGGAUUGCUUGUUUAUGCUCGAAGCGAGUCUGUACUCCAUUAAUCUUCUUACCCUUUCGCGCAGCUUGGGGCUUAGUCACGUGCACACCGACCUUGCACUUGAAUCGAUCAAACUUCAAAGGUUGGCGGUCUCUUGUGGGCUUCGAAAACUGCUGCUUCGGUUUACUAAAACACACUUACAUCCGAUCAAAUAUUAACAUAUAAGUAUCGCGUUCAGCAGCUCUGAUGACACAGAACGAGGCUGAAAACUUCCCACUUGUUGCGAGCGCAAGCAUGCAGCCGGCUGGCAGAGCAAAACGUGGCGCAAGCCGACGGUUGUAUAUGCAGGAAAGAAAUGACGUUGGACAGAUGACUUGCUGCACGUACGUCCUCUGGUUCUUCUCUGUUCUUUUUAUUUCCUUAACAUUCCCGCUCACCAUCUGGUUUUGUCUCAAGACAAUUGCUGAGUAUGAGCGUGCCAUCCUGUUUCGACUCGGGCGUCUACUGCCCGGCGGACCCAAGGGACCUGGCCUGUUCUUCAUCGUCCCCUGCAUCGAUGAACUGGAAGUGGUGGACCUCAGGACAUUCUCCUUUGACGUGCCACCCCAAGAGAUUCUGUCCAAAGACAGUGUGACGGUAACUGUUGACGCAGUGGUCUACUUUCGCGUGCAAGACCCCACCAUGGCGGUCAUCAACGUGGAGAACUACAAGCGGUCCACCGAGCUGCUUGCCGCCACCACCCUGCGUAACGUCCUGGGCACCAAGACCCUGGCUGAGACGUUGAGCCACAGGGAGGAGAUCAGCAACACCUUGCAGUCUCUGUUAGACGAGGCCACCGACCCCUGGGGGGUCAAGGUGGAAAGGGUUGAGAUUAAAGACGUGCGCCUACCGAGGCAGAUGCAGCGAGCCAUGGCUGCCGAGGCUGAAGCGUCGAGGGAGGCUCGUGCCAAGGUGAUCGCCGCCGAGGGUGAGCAGAACGCCUCCCGCGCCCUGAAGGAGGCGGCCGACAUCAUCUCAGAGUCGCCCAACGCCCUCCAGCUCCGCUACCUUCAGACCCUCAACUCCAUCUCGGCCGAGAAGAACUCCACCAUCAUCUUCCCGCUGCCGAUCAACUUACUCACUGCUGCACUGAAUGAGAAAUAGGCAUCUAGGCCUGAUCAACUCGAUUCAGCAUGACAACGUUAAUUUCGCCAUGUCUCAAUUCGUUUGUUUCGUCUCGCAGUUAUCAACUUUCAAAUUUACAUGGCACGUGGGCCUUCAAGGGGGUUUAAUGUAAUGCCAGUGGCGUAUCCAGGUCUGGUGGAAAAACAAAUGUUCCUCUUUCAGUCCCUUUAAGAUGACAGCAUGUCUCCAGGGGCGUAACUUGCCCCCUCCUUCGAUACACCACUGUAUAAUGCAAUUUUUUAAAGUGCGAUUUUUUUUCCCAAAGGUUUAAAUUACCAUUGAAAAUUCUCUGCACAAUUAUUAUCAUUGUAAAUUUGCACAUGCUCUCGUUUCGAUGGGGUACAGACGAUACACGUUCUUGCAUUACUGUCUACAAGAAAACUCUGAUAAUUUAUAACUUUUUCUUAUUGUUUAAGUCCUACUUGCAUGGUAUAUACUUCCUUUGCCUUUAAUUUUUGUGGUCUCGUAGCCUUUAGCAACAACACGGUUAUUAUUGGGAAAUAAUGCCUUACACUUUUUAAACCUGGCUCAGAGGUACCAUGCUUGUAAAUAUCGGCACGUCAUAAAGGACCAGCAUGGUGUAAAUGUUUAAUGAAUUAAAAUCGGAAGACGAUCGUGUUGUUCAACAGAUGUAAACUUGCGGUCAAACAGGCCUAUAGAUGCAAGAAAGAAAGCCAGCUGGUCAUUUUUAUGCUCUUUGCAAUAUGUCAGCAAAUGUUACUUUCCAUCAACUUCUUGGCUUAACCUUAUCAUUUUUUCCUGAUAUCAUACUGUUUGCGUGGAGCUUGGGUUGUUAAGGAAACUAUAAAGGGACCUUUAUAAAAGAGCCACAUUAUGCGCAAGUAUAAAGCGGUUUUACAGGGUCAUUUCGGUUCCCUGUUGGGAUUAUUUUUCCAUCUUGUAAAUACGUCGAAAACACUAUUGUUUACACUUUGGCUUAAAAACUGUGUAACUACAUUGUAAUCAAUAAAGCUAUUAUUUGUGCUGGGGGCAA